AUGCCCUCUCGUGGGGGAGAUGCUCAUCGAACACCACUCGUUGAUCCUGCUGCUACGCUGUUGCCACACUGCCAUGAUCGUGCUGUACAAUCCGUUGCUGGUUCGUGGGGGUUGUUGAGUGUUUCGCUAGAUAGGGUGAAGUGCCGCUGUCCCGUGCCGGGGAAGGCACCGAAGAAGCAGCGUAGUGCUGGCACCGCGAGGCAUGUUGACGUGCACACUGUGGAGAGUGUACGUGCAGUGUCACACCCACUACAGAACGAUGCUGUGUCGGAUCCCACCGUUGUGAACCCCACCGCUGCGAGUUUCCCGAUGAGCUGUCCCCAGGAUCAGGUGAGGGUAAAAACGUUGAACCUGGGCGAGCUGGACUUGACAGACCAUGUGUGGGACACUGCAAGGGAUCUUGUCCCAGGGAAGCCCAUCUAUACGCUCCAUCGGAAAUCCAAACAGUGUGACCAGAGGUCCCCUUCUCUGCAUCGCAAACAGGACGAGGCCCCACCAGAUCACAAAUGGCAAGAACUGACCGCGACAAGAACACGACAAAGAUCAGCAGCACCGAACUUCCUCAAACUGUUUGCUCUGGAGAACAGUGCGAGACGGAAACACCUGCUGCCGGAGGUGCCAUUCGACGAUGACGAAGAAGACAAUAUCUUCUUACUGGGGCACGAUACAACAGCACAGAGUCCGCAGCUCUACGAAAACGACAUUGCGGGGGACCGACGACUUGGGAUCGUUACUGCACAUAAACUGUGGGGUCAGUUCGCGCAGGGUCAGCUGCGAUCGGACGUCUACGGCACCGCGUGUCCUUGCAACCUGCAAUUCGUGCGGCAAAAGCCCGCAAUUGACCAGGGAAACUCCCAUGGAGUACCACAGUCACUGCUCGACCCGUGUGGGACACUACAAUUGGGGAAGGACCACGACAGGACCGUCCAGUACCUCGUGAAGGGCUUUUGCGACGCCCGGUUCGUGUCCAGUGACCCAGCGAUUUACGAGUGA